AUGUCAAGCAACAAGUGCGUUAAAGCCCCGAGGAAGGCUUACACGAAAGAGCCUCAGGACAUGAGCCACCAAGAGAAGUUGCGGCUCAUUGACGAUGAACUAAAUUCAUUUUACAGAUAUUGCCAACAAGCCGGAUUUACCGAGGAAGAGAUGGAUAUAAUUUGCCAACCCCUUGUCGCAGCUAUGCGUCGCUCCUGGCUCCAAUUGGUUCUUCGAGCGACUGUAAUUCUGGUAGUAAUUGGUACCAUCACUUGUGCUGCUAUUCAGCUGGACUUUGUUGGAACCCACUUCUCAGCUUUGUCGCGUUUGUUGGCUGUAAAAAUUUUGCCUUUUUGGAACUGGCAGCAUCUCUACCGCGAGAACUGUAUGAUGAAUAACCCGUUCUACACCGAGUACCCCAUCGCCGAGGUUGAUUGCGUCGUAAGCUAUAGAACUUGCGAGUCUGUUGAAACGAUUGACCGUCUGUCUGAUGUUCGUUAUCGUCAACUGGUCGACAAUUAUUUGAGCCGAGAUGCUCCGGCAAUCAUCACCGACGCGAUGGACACCUGGGCUGCUAUAAAUACCGAUUAUUUCUGGUUUGAUAAUAUCACGCAUCUGUACUUAGGGAACGAACGUCUUAUGGAAACGGUACCCUGCUCACUUACAUCGAAUCUCAGGACCGGUUCCUCGGAUCUUGCGGCAUUUCUUCGGCGUGUUCAUUCACCCGAGGUAGCCAAAUGGUUCGUUCACUGGCAGAACUGCGAUAUUAAUGCUGUCAAAGCUCUCAGAAAGUAUUAUCAACGGCCGUACUUCCUGUCAAGUACCGUGUCUCCAGCACACUUCAAUUGGGUUUUGAUGUCCUCGGAUUAUAACAGUCCGAGUUAUAAGAGAGUUGAACUGGAUUCUGGUCUCAUUGCACUUGCUCAGCUUCGGGGAGCCACUCAGUUACGACUUACGCCUAUAAACCCCUGUAACAGUUCUUGUCCAGAGCUUAUUGCCGAUCUGCAUCGAGGCGAAAUGCUUGUAUUCACAAACUUGAUGUGGAACCUGGAAUACGCACCGAUGAGAGGGCUAGAUAACAUAGCGAUCCUCACGGAAACAGUCUGGGACGAGGAUCCAUAA